UUUUCUCUGUAAUUCACAAAAUAUAUAUAUAAAAGAAAAAGCCACAAAUUCCCAACACACACUUCCAUUUUCAACGAGCAAUGCAGUCGCCGGAAAACUUCUGAUUCCGGCAACCACCACACUCUGCCACCUUUCUUCUUCUUCUUCUCUCUUCCACUUUCCACCAAUGGCCGCUGUUACUUCUUCUUUCUCUCUCUCUACUCUUUCGCAGUGCUCGCAGAGGAAGAAUCUUUCCCUCUCUUCUUCUACUCGUUUUUUGGGAACCAAUUCCGAUUCUUUCCGAUUGGGACCGAAUUUCUCGCUACUAUAUGUUGCCGUUCGAGCUUCCGAUUCCGCUUCCAGAGUGGUUGUUCGGUGUUCCUCUUCCCUCUCAGAUAUUCCAACUGUUUCGGAGACAAAGUUAGGUUUCCUUAAAGCCUAUAAACGACCAAUCCCUAGUAUCUACAACAGUGUGUUGCAGGAGCUGAUUGUCCAGCAUCAUUUGAUGAGAUACAAGAGAUCAUACCAGUAUGACCCUGUAUUUGCUCUUGGCUUUGUCACUGUAUAUGAUCAACUCAUGGAAGGGUAUCCUAGUGAUGAGGAUCGGGAUGCUAUCUUCCAGGCAUACAUUAAUGCAUUGAAGGAAGAUCCAGAACAAUACAGAGCAGAUGCACAGAAGUUGGAAGAAUGGGCACGGGCUCAAAACUCAACCUCCCUGAUUGAGUUUUCAUCCAGAGAAGGAGAAGUUGAGGGAAUAUUAAAGGAUAUUGCAGAAAGAGCUGGAGCAAAGGGGAAUUUUAGCUAUAGUCGCUUCUUUGCAAUUGGCCUCUUUCGCCUUCUUGAAUUGGCAAAUGCAAUGGAACCAACAAUUUUGGAAAAGCUUUGUGCAGCUUUAAAUGUUAACAAAAGAAGUGUUGAUCGGGACUUGGAUGUGUAUCGCAAUCUACUUUCUAAGUUGGUUCAAGCUAAAGAGCUGCUAAGGGAAUAUGUUGACAGGGAGAAGAAGAAAAGAGAAGAAAGGUCUGAACCACAAAAGGCAAAUGAGGCCAUCACAAAAUGUUUGGGACAACAGCAAAUUUCUGCCCUGAAGUAAUUUGGGGGGGGGUUGGUUCUGCUGAAUUGAUCACCAAGUGACGAUUUUUUUAUUCUUGACUUGUUUUUUGUUGUUCAUGGGCAUUAUUGAAUAAUCAUCUUGGUAUUACAUACUGUAUUUGGUGUAAUCUUAAUGGUGGUCCAUCUAAAUCCUUGUUUUGUCACACCUGUCGAGACUUAAACCCUAUCCUGGUCCCUACAGAAAAUUUUGGACAAAGUAGUAUCUUUAAGACUUAGAAGUCUCUGCCUAUGGUUCCUCAGACCCUCCCCAUUCAAAAAGAGGGAUAUGUUAGUACUUCAGUACCCUUUAUAUGUCCUUACUAUUUCUGUAUAGAGGGACUAAUAUAGAAAGACUUCUAAAUCAUGAGUUACUAACUUGUUCUUCAAAAUUUUCGUUAGGGACAAAAAUGGGAAGUUUAUUAUUGCCAUUUCUUACAUCAUUACAUGUAUUUCUUUUUAGUUUUUACAUACACACCCAGUCAAAGAAUUCCUUAAGGCAUGUAUUUUGGUUAAUAAAAUAGUUUGGUGUUUCAGUUCAUCUUA